ACCUCGGGCCCCUACAAGCACCUACCCGCCGUCGUCCCAUCCCGGCCGGCCGACUCCGCGCCUCGCUCUUGCCCACGGCCUUUCCGGGUUUAAAGCCGCAGUUCGUUGGCAGGCUCGCUCUUGCGCACGGCCUCCUCGUUCUCAGCCUCAAGCCCCCGCCAGCAACUUAACCCUAGGGGCGGCGGCUCAAUAUGGCGAGCUCCGCCACCAGCCAGCGCGUGGAAGACCAGUGAGUAAGCAGUAACGGUAUGCGGUAAGUCUUGUAGUACCUUCCUAAUUUGGCACGCUGAAACGGGUGAAAUACCAAAAUUGCAAUGCUCCAUGUCGUGUUGCCACAUUCAGUUAUCAGGCAUGCUACUCCAACACAAAACCGCAAUGCAUAGCCACAUACGGAGUAUUAUUCAAGCAAUGCAUAAUCACUUUGAGCAGUUUGGGUUUGUUUGUGUGGUUUGGGUCGACACCAGCUCUGACAACACACCACUUAAGAAUUCGUCCACCGGCAAGGUAUGUCAUGGCAUCGCCUCUUCGUUUUGUUCGUCUAGUUUGCUGCGUGCUUCGCAGGUUACAUGUAGCACUCAGGACAGGAGUAGUCCUACGGCAUUGCUAGUCACAGUCGACAAGCAAAAAAAAUCCCAGCCUAUACACGUUUUCUUUCCAAGUCUUUGUCAGAUCACUUCUCAUUCUAUACGACCCCCGUUGGUCGGGCGAAAACACAAGAACGGUUGGGAUUGACGCGUACCCCUUCGCCCGCCGUGGCAAUUUUGUAAAUAUCGCCGCGUAGAACCCAACGUAUGGCCCUAGAAAGCCCAUACGGGCCUCAAGGGGUUGUACGCGACUGUAUUCGUUCGCGUCGACGUGUAUACGUACUCGGCGUACUCGGUGACGGCGUACGCCUGUUAUGGAAUAAUACCCACGUCGUCGGCACAGACUUGCCCCACUGUUCCCUCUAAUCCAGGAAAAGAAAUAACGUCCCGGACGCACCCGUUAUGGAAUAAAACCCGCGUCGUUCACAUCGACUUGCCCCAUGACUCCCUCUAAUCUAGCGGAGAAGAAAAAAACGCUCCGAACGCACAACCACCUCCGGCGAUGAAGCGAACGCACGGAGCAGACGACGCCGUGGCUGUUGUCAAGGAAGCUGCCGUCGUGACAGAUCCAGUGGAGGAGGAGGAGGAGGCCGUGAUCGUGGCAGGUGUAGCGGAGGAGAAGGAAGGCGUGACCGCGUUGGUUAAGGAAGCUGCCAUCGUGACAGAUCCAGUGGAGGAGGAGGAGGAGGCCGUGAUCGUGGCAGAUGCAGCAGAGGAGAAGGAAGGCGUGACCGCGCUGGGUAAAGCACCGGCAGGUUCGGUGACGUCUUCACCGUCCGAGAUCGCCGCGAGGUCCAAUACCCGCCAACAGGAGGAGGACGUCGUCGGCGUCGUCGACCCCAUUAAUCUGUCGCACGACUGGGACUUCUCCGACGACUCGGCAGACUACACGGAGUUUGAUGAAGUCCUCAGCGACUUGGAACCAGAGGAAAAGGAUUCGGAUGUCGGCAGUGAGGAGGAAUCGAUUGAUGCGAAAAGCCGUCACGUCCUCAAUGCACUGGAGUAUGGUGCGUACGAAUACCGUUACGGUGACAAAUGGGUGUGCCUGUUCUGUCACAAGUGGAGCCUCGCAGAAUACUUCAAAAGCAUGGUGAAGCAUGGUGAAGACACUGGGCAUGUGUCUAAGAAGGCUCCUCACAUUGUGGCAAAACACAAGGCGUUCGGCGUGUUCUUAAGGAAGCUUGAAGCCCAGGAGGUGGAUGCGGACGCCGAGCCUUCCAAGAAGAAGGCGAGGAGGGGGAGGAAGAAGGGGAGGAAGUGAGAAUCGAACCAUAAAGUUUUCGUCGUAUUUUAUUUGCUAUUACUGAAUUAUGGUGGUUUGAAACAGUUUAGUAGUUUGAUUGAAGAACAUAAGUAUUGUUAAGUUGGUUGCAUGAACUAUUUAUGAUGUACACGUUUCGAUGAAUGUGGUGUUCAUUGAACCGACG